CAUUGAAUCGGCAAUACUCGCCGUUGUCCGGGGCACUGGCCUCUUCCGUUGCUAAUGGUGAAACGCAAAGGCUUUUCAUUGAAAGAGGGCCAUUAGGUGUAGCGACGCGUAAGAGCUCACUUUUAUUGAACCGGUGGUUUGGAUAUGUACAUGAACCCACGCCGUUCGAUCAGGAUUUUUUAAUACAACGAAUCAUCUGGCGAGUUUGAUGCUGUAGUCAGCGUCUGUUUCCACAUAGACACGCCCAGCGUCAUUUUAUAUUACCUUUCCAGACUACGGGUUCGACGGGCUGUGAAGCUUACGUCGACAUUGUACACCACACGGUUUUAUGGUAACCUCUGCAAAAUAAUAUACAUAACUACUGUCAUCAGAACUGCACUGAGAGGCUGCAACAGUACAACUGCCACCGACAACUCGGCACACCAGAAACCCACGUCAAGUCAACCCAACGGAGAAGCAAAAGCAGAAUCCAAACCAGCAGACGAGAUGGCUCAAUCUUCAAACUACGUGACCCAGUCCAUGGCUGCCAAAGAUCCCAAGGUCGACCCCGACUUCGAUCUGAUCAUGGACGACGAUCUAGCCGUGAACAAGUGGCCUGCACAGCUCACCGAGCACCAGAAGAAAGAGCCUAUGUCACUCAUGGCCCAGGUCAUGACACCAGAGCUCUUCGAGAAGCUGAAGGACAUUAGGACCCCUACUGCUAACUGGAGUAUUGCCCGGGCAAUGAACACCGGGACCUGCUACCCAACGUCUUUCGUAGGAUGCCAUGCCGGAGAUCCUGAAUCUUACUCCAUCUUUAAGGAGCUUCUUCACCCAGUUAUUGAGAAGUACCACAAGGGGUACAAGCUUGAUGGCUCCAUGAAGCACAUCACAGACAUGGACCCAACCAAGAUCACGUCUAAGCUGUCGGAGUCAGCACACUCCAAGAUCAUCUCCACCCGCAUCCGUGUAGCCAGAAACCUCAACUUCUUCCCUCUCAACCCAGGAGGCUCCAUCGACACCAGGAACCAGAUUGCUGAGCUCAUGGAGAAGGUCUUCGCCACCAUGGAAGGCGACCUGGCCGGUACGUUCUACCGCCACACCAGUAUGACCGCUGAGGAGACCAAAUCUCUGGUUGACCGUCACUUCCUCUUCAGAGGCAAAGAUAAGAUGCAGGCUGCUUCUGGGUACCAUCAGCACUGGGCUCAAGGUAGGGGUAUCUUCCUCAACAAGGACGAGACCUUCAUCGUCUGGUUGAACGAGGGAGAUCAUCUUCGAAUCAUCUCUAUGGAGAAUGGCGGUGACAUCAUCAGAGUAUUCGAGCGUCUAUCCAGGGCCAUCUCAGCCAUCGAAAAUGGUGUCAAGAAAAUCACCGGGAGAGACUCUGUAUUUGCAAGUGAUCCACAUAUAGGUAUGAUCACAUGCUGCCCGUCCAAUCUAGGUACAGCUAUGCGAGGUAGUGUCCACAUUAAGGUCCCAGCCAUGGCGGCUGCUAUCGGUCUUGCUGAGAUCGACAAGAUGGCCCGCAAGGUGCAGUGCCAGGCCAGAGGAAGCUCCGGUGAGCACUCUGCGAUUGUCGACAGGGUUGACAUCUCCAACUGGAGACGCCUUGGCUUCACCGAGUACAACCUCUGCCAAGAUUUGGUCAAGGGAGCCAACCUGCUUGCCUCGCUGGAAGACAAGUGCGCCGAUGAGAAUAUAACAGAUGCCUCUAAGCUUGAUGGACUUCUGGCUGAGCUUACCAUGUAGAUCGAACUAUCCAAUUAGAAUCAAAUCACAUGGUGGGCUCAAUUUCAUAGAGCUGCUGAAGCAGAAAAUAUUGCUCAACAAUUUUCAGCUUAGAAAAAAAGGAGAAAGA